AUGGACAAUGCCGACAAAGACAUGGGCUAUUUCAAAAACGCAAAAUGUGCAGGUAUAUUGACUCAGGAAAAUAACUUGUGUUUUUGCUAUAGUAAACAUUUUUGAUACCACUUUCAACAUUUUCAGUGUUUAAUAUACUUUGUAUGUUUGUUGUUUUUCAUUCUAAAAGUACAUUUUAAUGUGCCUUUUUUCCUUCAGAGUACAUUUUUAAUCUAUGUGAUGCGUUAAAGCUGCCAGUUGAAGCCAGAUAUCUCGCCAUAGAAAUAUACGACAGGUUGGUUUUUGAAACAUCGCAGAACCUUUCGACAACUGUCCAUAAAAUCUUAGUUCGCCACAAUGCCGUGAUAUUUCCAGCCAGUUUUAAUUUUUGCUCUGCACCAUAAAACGGUAUAAAACGAGUUGCCACACUCAUCAAAAUGAUCGUUUUUCCGUGUUAAAGUGACAUUCAAUACUUAAAAUUUUCAUGAAAGUGCUUGUCAAAAUUUUCAAAGCCACAUGAAUUCGAAAAAUCCCAAGAGAAAAAUAUAUAGUUUCUUUAUGUAUGGGGCGGGUCAUUAGAAACCAUUUUGAGUAUUUUCACUUUUAAAUUUAUAUAGAUUCAUGAUCAAACACAUUCGCAGUUUAUACCAGUUUAUUCAAACCUCAACAGCUGUUGAUAAACUAAAAGAUUGGAACGAAGUCGAGGCAAGGAUUAAAGUACAGAUGCCGCUAAGACUGCUGUCUUGUGUACAACUUGCUAGCAAGCUUUCGUCACAUCGCAAGGUGAAAGUUUUAUAUUCUUUAUUAAUAGUAGAAUCAUACCAGUAUACUAUUGCAAUUGCUGUAAUUUGAUUGGCUACUCUACUCGCCAUCUAUUCCUCGAUAGAUAGCGAAUAGCAAAACAAUCUUCCUGGCACAUUUUUAAAAAAGAAUGGCUUUCGGCUCGCGUAUUUUAUUCAAUUAUUUUGUGGAAUAUUUUCUAAUCUAAUUGUUAAUUAGAUAACCGACCUGAGUAUUCCAAAGGUCGUAGGUUCGAUUCCCACCGUGGUCAGGCAUAUUUUUUCAAGCUUGCCCGGUGUGGAUAUACACUCAGAGUAACAUCACAAACAUUAGAUUUAUGACAUUAGCUGAUUAUCCAAAGCUGUGGUCCACUUCAAACCUUACCUUGGGCUGGGUUAAUUAAAUUUUCCACCAAUCAUCAGCGAAGUGUUAACCUGGAUCACGACCUGGAGAAGGUCAGGCUAAGUCUACCAAGGCCAAGCAAGCUCUUUUCUUUGAAUUCCUAAAGCCUCGUUUACACUAUCAAAGAUUCUGUGAUCACAGUAUAGGAAUUUUGCAUCGGUAAAUUCUAGGUUUUGAAAUUUGAAGGAUCUGUAAGAAAUGUUUUCAGAGGAAACUGAUUUACACUGUGCAUGUCCUUUCCCUCAAACAUUUCUUGCAAAUCCGAGUUCAAAACCAUUAGAAUUUACCUGACACAAAAUUCCUACUGUGAUAGUGUGUGAACCAGGCUUAAUGCAUGUGCUAUUUCCCGAAUCACUGUUGCAAAUCGCUUUAGGAAAUAUUGCAAGUUUUUGUGACAUCAUGCUCGCAGUGUUGCCUUUUUGAUCCGGAUAGCAAAGUACGAUUUUCCCCUUUAAUAACGGUGCAAACUGUUUUAUUGGCCAGCUACAAAGGGCCUGAUAUAUUUUUGUUGAUAUAUUAUUAUAUCAUUAUAAUAAUAUAUCAACAAAAUAAUGUUUUCCUUUCAUUUAGUUAUUUCAUAAGUAAAACCUAAUUGGAUUUAAACUUUUUUAUGCGUAUAUACGUACGUAAAAACACUUAUAAAGCGGAAUUUAAUAGUAUGUCCGUCCAAUCUUCAGUUCAAGGUUACAGUUUUGAAAAUCAAUUAUGAAAUAUGAAAUGGGAAUUUUCCAUAGUUCCUGUGACGUCACGAUCGUGUUAUUCCAGUACUAAAUCUUAUAAUCUUUGUCCGUUGAGGAGAUGUAAAGUAGGAUUUUAAUUAGCGAAAUCUCGUACUUUCACCGGAUCUAAACCUUGCUAUUGAUAGAUUCGACUCUUGGGUAGUGUUUGGCACUGACUGGUUUACUGAGUCGAACAGGGAUUUCUUCUAAUAUUUAAUUAAUGAAAUAAUAUAUUCUAUACAAAAUGAAAGUUACCUAGUAUAAAGGCUAAAGGUAAAAUUGACUAAUAACAAAAUACUACAAAUAUAAUAUAUAAAACAAUUAAACUAAAUUAAUUUAACGUUGAAAAGAAGUUUAAAAAACAAAAUUUGUUGGUGAGCAUACUAAACUUAUGUUGUGUUUGAACCAUUAGAACUUUGUAUUGAGAAGCUAAGAUUUUUUUUAAAAUGUGUUCUCAAAAUGGAAAUGGAAGGAAAUGCUAUUUUAGAGACCCAAAUUUAAAAAUGCCCAAAUUCUGCGGGGGCAUGCCCCCAGACCCCCUACCUAACUCGUGUCUGCGGCACUCGUCUCACACCUUCGGCGAUCGCAUAUUAUCCUGGGGGGGAGGAUGGCAAGGAAAAUGGGCCCUUUGGCAGUUUUGCCCCACCACUGAAGAAUCUUUAAAACUAAUGCACUAGCUGUCUACAACAAUUGUAAUAUUAUUUUCUUAACUGUGUUUAACCUAUCCCACCCUGUCAACUUUCCCUGUGGGAGGAAACCGGAGCACCCUGAGAAAACCCACGACUUUUCGGCAGAGCGUUGACUGACUUUUUUCACAUGUGCCCAUUAACCCGCAGUGAGAAUCGAACUCGCGAACUCAGAGGUGGAAGGCUCUUGUUCUGACGACAACGCCAAAAAGCCUCUCGUACACCCAUGGCCAAAAAAAAAAUAUGUGGGUUUCCGGUUUCCCGACCCUACCUAGAUUUUGGACGUCGAAAUCCCGACCCUAAACUUUUUUAUUGGAUCACGCUUGUAAGUGUUUCCACUUAGAGGAAAAAGUUUGUGGAAAAUUGAAAUUUGAGGCAAUAUUAGGGAAAUUUAUCUUUGGAUGUGGAAGCACUGACUAAACAAAAUGGCGUCCGCUUGUUCGGAAAAUUAAAAAAAAAAGUUUAAAAAAAAAGUUAAAACCGACCUACCCUACCUAGUUUUUAUAAGAAGAAACCGGAAACCCACAUAUAUUUUUUUUGUCCCAUUCAUUGUCAAAGUUUCUUUCACAGUGCAACAAUUUGGAACACACCCUGUAUCAGCUGUAUAACCGUACGAAUUUCAUUGUGAAAUGGACAACUUGCAUGUUAGACUAAAUUUUAAUCUAAGUAAAGAGAAGGGAAUCAAACACAACAGUUAAAAAGAAAAUAAUGAAAUUAGUAAAAUUGCAAAAUUUGGUUGCGAAAUGUUGUAAAAUGCAGAAAAUAUAGCCUUGCAAAGUUUGCAUAUUUUCAGUAUAUUUGUAUUACGUGUGGAAAUUGUUACCAUUUUCGGCUCAAAAAUGGUAACAAUUUCCGCACGUAAUACAAACAUACUGAAAAUAUGCAAACUUUGCAAAGCUAUAUUUUCUGCACUUUACAACAUUUCGUAACCAAAUUUUGCAAUUUUACUGAUUUUAAUAAGUUCUUUACGGGAAUUUACUUUUUUUUGCCUAAAUCAAAAAUUAGUCUAACAUGCAAGUCAGUGCCGGAUUAACCAUAUGGCAGAAGCGGCAUAUGCCACGGGCCCCGGGCUUUUGGGGGCCCCGCGCUUUUGGGCGCCCCGCCCCUUGGCCUCGCGCUUUUGGGGCCCUGCGCUUUUGGGGGCCCCGUGCUUACUCUCUUCUAUUUUUUCCGAAUUUUUUUGUUCCAUGUUUCAGUGCGAGACCCAAACAGUGCGGGGCCCUAAAGAGCCCAAGUCCCCCAGAAAACGCGAGGGCCCCAAAAUUUAAAAAGCGAGGCCCCAUCAAGCUGGGCCCAAACGUUUUUUUUUUGUUCCCUGUUUCAGAGCGGGGCCCCAAAAAGCCCAAGGUCCUCAGAAAACGUCAGGCCCCAAAAUUUAAAAAUAGAGGUCCUAAAUAGCCGGACCCGAAACGGUUUGUUUGUUUCCUGUUUCAGCGCAGGAUCCAAACAGCGCCGGGCCCCAAAGAGUCUAAGGCCCCUGAAAGCGAGGCCCCAAAUAAAAAAACACGAGACCCUAAAGUUUAAAAAGCGAGGCUCCAAAAGCAGGGCCGCAAACCGAUUUUUUUUGCUCCUUCUCUGGGCAAGGGGCUCCAAAGAGCGAAGCCAAAAAAAUCAUGGGGGUCAGAAAAUAUCAAAAUUUGCAGUAAACUGUUAAUUAAUACUAAAAGAUUGCUGAAUUUUGUGGAAGACGGCAGAAGUUCAUAUGGACGGUAUCAUGUUUAGCUAUUUUACCCCUGUAAGUAAUAAUGUUAAUUGAGUUAAAUUAAUGGUAUAAACUGGGUUGAAAUUCAGUUCGAUCAAAUUAUUGAUGUAUAAUUAUUUUUGUUUGUAAAUACACAGGAAACCUUUCAACGCAUGAAAUACAAGAGGAUAUUUUUUAAUCUUUACUGAAUUCAGAGUCUAAAAUGCCGUUGGAAGGUUGGGGGGGGGGGUAAAGGGGCCCCGCGCUGAUAAUAUGCCAGGGGCCACGCGGAACGUUAAUCCGGCCCUGCCCCCUCCCCCCUUAACCCCGUCCCCCCUUAAAACGAUAAACACUGUUGAAACUCAAAGAGGGUUUGAAACCCAGGUGCCUGAGCCACAAACUGUCCUAAUUUUCUGUGCAUGAUAAAUACUAAAGAUCAAGUAGAUAAUUUCAUACCACAAGACGUUAAACUGGUAAAAUGGGUAUAAUGUCGCUAUAUCUCCAAACUUGAAAGCCAGUUCCAAUCUUUUUAUGCCUGCGAAGAGCAUGAAGGGUCAAUCUAUCGAUAUUUACAUUUGGACAUUGAAGCAGUGGGGGAAGACAAAGAUCCUGAAAGUGAACGCGGACAACAGUCACCAUAUCAAGUUGGAAGAGCAGGUCCUGGAAGAAGUAGAAGCAUCCACCUACUUGGGCAGUGUCGUCAACAGGCAAGGUGGUACAGACGCCGAUGUAAGAGCAAGAUUCGGCAAGGCAUUAGCAGGGUUUGUUCAACUAAAGAACAUCUGGAGUUCAAAGAAACUGUCUCUGAAGACCGAAGUUCGACUGUUAGGCCUAGUUUAUACGUCGAAUUUCAGUCGAAUUUAAUUCGUCGAAUUUAAUGUGACAAUUAUGCGACGGAAAUUCGAGUGUUGCGUGCAGUUUAGACGUCGAAUUUUGGACGAAAAAUCAAAACAUGCGGGUGUUGCAGGCUUUAAGAUGGACAGAUGAAGGCCUAUAAAAUAAAUAUGGCGGCGUUCACCAAAGCAAUUAUCUUGAAACAAAUUCUGAAAAUUAGAAGAGAAAGGCAUCAGAAGCAAUUGUAAAUUUUGUACUUGGUAAUUAAAUAGAAAAAUGAAGAUUCUUGGGCUAUGCUUGGCACUGAUUUCCAAUUUGUGUGAAGCGAAAAUGCUCCGUAUCCGGUCCGUUCAUGUCGUCGACAUGAAAAAUCAGUACAGUGGAGUUAUUGGUUGGAGUUGGACUAUCGGUGGUCAAACUAAUCUGAAAAGCGUUUAAUUAAAGAAUACUUUUUGCGUGUCACAACAAAUCUGCUCAACCAUUCUUCACAAGAUUGGAAACCAGUUAGAGACAAAAUUAAAACUGAGCUGCCAGUUUCUUUUUUUGUUUCUUUUUCUGCCAGUUUCUUUUUUUCUUCUUAGAGUUCAUAGGAUUGUCGUUGAGGUUUGUGAAGUAAUGGUUAAACAUUUAUGGCAAGAUUAUGUGCCUAGUUAUUUUCCAUUGACGGAAUAA